AUGUCCUCGCGAGCGUGCGGCGAAUGCAUCAGCAUCCACGUCGGCCAAGCUGGCUGCCAGAUUGGCUCUGAGACGUGGCGCCUUCUUUGCCAAGAGCACGGUAUUCUGCCGGACGGCACGCGCAACGCAGAAAGAGCAUCUGGAGCUGAAAUCGACUUAGCUCCUGACACGUGCUUCUCCGAGUCUUUUGCUGGCCUCCACCAGCCCCGCGCGAUCUUCGUCGACACAGACCCCACAACGCGCUCUGAGCUUCUCUCCCAGCAUCCGCAACUCUUCCUGCCGCAGUCUCUUCUGGGGUAUAAGCAUGACUGCAAGAACAACUUCUUCUGCGGCAGGGAGGCGGCAACGGAAGGGAAGGUGACCGAGGACGUCCUGGAUCAGGUACGGUUGGCGUUGGACCGGUGCUCCUACCCGCAAGGCUUCAUCGUCACCCAAGCCUUCGGUGGAGGUACCGGCGCAGGGAUCGGAACCCACCUCCUGCAGAGCCUUCGUGAUGCCUUCGACAAGAAGGUGAUCUGCCACCCCGUGGUGUACCCUUCGAUGUUUCCCUCGAGCAUGGUGGAGCCAUACAACUGCGUUCUUGCAAGUUUUUUCCUGGGAGAAUCCACAGAUGUGUCUCUGAUUCUGGACAACCAGGCCAUUUACGACAUUUGCGAGACGAAAGAGGAUGUCUCUUCUCUUGACCUCAAGAACGUGAACAAGUUAAUCGCGCAGUGUAUCUCCAUGUGCACGGCCCCUGUGAGAUUCCCAUCUCAACUGCACUUGAGCAUGGCCGAAAUGGCUGUGCACCUUGCACCCACGCCAAAGCUGCGAUACCAGGUGGCCUCGCUGGCCCCCAUCCGGCACCCUCACGCGUGUGCCGUGGCCGAAACAGUCCGUGAGCUGCUCCACCCCAAGAGCCUCCUUUGCUCCCUCACGCACCUGCAGACGAACCGCUAUGUCUCCGCGGUGUUCCUCCUGCGCGGGAAGGGUGCGAAGCGCACGGAGCACGAGCGCGGCACACAGCCAGAGGAAAAGAUCGUGAAGGCUGAAGAUGUGGCCCAGUCGCUGCAGAGGUUAGUGGACCAGGGCCCAUCUUCACCCUUGAAGUUCGCGCCGGGUGUUUCCCCGGGCUACAAAGCUGACGUGGUCGGGGUGCCAAUGUGCCGAGCUGCCGAUGAUGCCUUGGCUCAGAGCCCCAUCUUUGGGAUGAUGAUGGGUAACACCACCGCAGUGAGAGAGCUCCUGGUCCAGCAGUUCCAGAAGUUCUUGCAGCUUUUCUUCCGCCGUGCUUAUGUGUGGAAGUUUCUUGAAGCGAACGGGGACAUGGACGACUUUUACGAGGCAAAAGAUGCCAUGGAGGCUCAAAUCAACCACUAUGAGGAGCUGCUCCUGGGCUUUGUGGAGGAAGAGAACAAGCAGCUCGAGAUGCCACGGCUUGACCGCUGUCCUCUAGGCACCUUGGACCACACUCCACUGCUUGAACGAGGGCCCGACGCCCUCGCGGACGCCUCGAAGCUCUGCCGAUCUAAGCACGACCUCUUCGAGAGCUAUGACGACUCCGAGCUAACCUGUCUUCCAACGCAGCUAUCACCACAGACGCUUGUCGGGAAAGCCGGCAACGGCGUUGGGAAUGCGUUCUGGCAAAAGCUUCGGCAGGAGCACAAGCUGGAUCGGGAUGCAGAGGGCCGCCGUGAUCCAUCUGGAUAUGUUGACGUCUUCUUCGAUGAGGUUGCUUCGGGCAAAGCCGCGGCAGAGUACGUUCCCCGAGCAGUCCUUGUCGACACGAACAUGACGGACCUGACCGCUGCGACACAGGACCCAGCUCUGGGCGAUCUCCUCAGGCGCAGACCCGAGAAUGUCGUUGGCAGGGAGGCAUGCUCCGGCAACAGCUACGCGCAGGUGGUUGCGGAAUGCUCCGACUUGGCGAGCCAGUGUGUCGAGGCGGUCCGCAAGGAGGUGGAGAAGUGCAACUGCAUUCAAGGAGUGCAGUUCUGCAACGCUGUUUCUGGCGGCACCGGAUCAGGGCUCUCAUACCUUGUGAGCGUUGCUCUGAGGGACUACCUGGACAAGAGAAGCAGCUGUGUCAACCAAUCCUUUGUAUUGGUCCCAGCCCCUGGAAUGGUGGACGUGGUCAUCGAGCCCUACAAUGCGUGUUUGGCCCUUCAGGGCCAGCUGGAGUACCUGGACCAGGUUUUUCUGGCCGACAAUAGGGCGCUCAGCGGCGUCGAAUUUACGAGAGAGCCUUCGGUGAGGAGCCCAGGGCAGUGUCAGACCUGA